ACACACGUGUUGUUACGAAGUCGCUGUAAGUUCCUCGAGCUUUUGAGAAUCUAAACAAGGUGUUGUAUCUAAAGAAAUAAUUCCUUUUAGAAUUUUCAAAAACCUUAAUCGCGGGCGUACAGUCCUCCGUGAAGCAUUCGCCGAGAGGAGACAUAUCUGAAAUAAACCGACGCAAUCAUGACUGAAGCCGAAGUUAAUCCUAAGGCCUACCCCCUUGCUGACGCCACACUGUCCAAAACUAUACUGGACCUCGUGCAGCAAGCGUCCAACUACAAACAGUUGAGGAAAGGGGCUAAUGAGGCCACCAAGACCCUGAACCGUGGUAUCUCCGAGUUCAUCGUGAUGGCUGCCGAUGCUGAGCCACUGGAGAUCAUUCUCCACCUGCCCCUGCUCUGCGAGGACAAAAAUGUGCCCUACGUGUUUGUGCGCUCCAAGCAGGCCCUGGGGCGUGCCUGUGGGGUGUCCCGCCCUGUUAUUGCUACCUCUGUCACCAUCAAGGAGGGCUCUCAACUGAAACCCCAGAUCCAGUCUACCCAGAUGGCAAUUGAAAGACUGCUGGUCUGAUCUCGUGCAGCUCUGCUGUUUUGUUGAUAGUCUGGGUGACUCUGUGUUGAGUUACUUUAUUUUGGGUCUUUGGUAGAUAUAUUUUGUUCAUGUGUAUUUUACUGUUGGGGCAUGCAAAGAGAAUUUCCAUGUACUGUGCAGUCUUUUAUGAUUUGGUAUAUUAAAAUGUUUCUUUUCAGAAAAUGUUCUUGCUGUAAUGACUUAUAACCAGAAGAGUUGCUGUAAGACCAUUAAAAUGCAUAUUC